UAUUCAAAAGAUGUCCGUCGGUAAGAAGUACAACAAAUUAGAUUUUUCUGCACUGGAAGAUGAACUAUUAAUUGACAAAGUUAAAGAGAAUCCUCCAUUAUAUGCGAAAAAAUUAAAAAGUUACAAGGACAUGAAAAUAAAAGAUAAUAUUUGGGCAAAAAUUGCAAAGGAAAUGGUAAAAUCCGGGUAUAAUAGAACAGGUGAAGAGUGCAAAAAGAGAUGGUCUAACCUACGAGACUACUAUGUUAGAAAGAAAAAAGUGAGUUCUACCGGAAGUUCAGCCAGUCAGGGAAAUGAAAAGUUUCAUCAUAUGAAAUUUUUGGAUAGCACAGCGUUCGUACAUCGAAUCACAAAAUCCAGUGUAUCUGCUGCUGCCGUCGCUGAUGGAGAAGUAAGUGAUGACAAUGAGCAUGAAGGAAAUGGUUCUGAUAUAGAAAGUCAAAAUGAAGAAACGGAAAAUCAAAGUAUAAUAGAGGAAUUACUCAUAGAAGUAACACCCAUGGAGGAAAAAACAAAGAAAUAAACGAGACACAAGAAAUUACAGCAACACCAACUCAAGUCAAUAAAGUGGGCAAAGCUGAUCUGGUCCAAAUC